ACCAAAAUAAAGAAUACUCGUACUCCUUCAAUCUUUCUUCUCGUUCCAGCGACCCAGCGCUUCACCCAUCAGCGAGACUCCAUUGCCUUCUUUCGACCAUCGUCUCUUCGCCUUCCGCCACUGCCCGACAAAACUUUACGGCCUGGGGCCACCGGUUCCGAUCAGAGGAUGAACUCUAGAAGUGUGUCUCCCCACUGGCUUGCCUUCGCGAUUCUUAGUCGUCGAGCAUCCAUAGAGUCCAAUAGCGACUGGUUCGCCACUUAUUUGAGGUGUCUGGUAUGUCCAAUCCCCUAAUUUUCGGUUAAUUCUAUUUAUUGACUUCCAAUUUUUAGGGUUUUAUGAAAUUGGGGGUAAUUUCUAGGUUUGAAAAUGGAUGGUAAAUUAGUGUUGAUUGCAAUUUCUAGUUUUUUUCGGAUUAAUUUUAAUUAUUUGUUCAUUAAAAUAUAGGAUUUGAAAACAACGUUUGCCUAUUUGGUUUUUUUUUUUGUUUUUUCCCUCCUCAAAAGUAGUUGCUAGAACAAUGUUUCUUUAACUCUCUUAAAAGAUAUGAAGUAUAUAUUUCUGUAUUCUAGAUUUUAUGUUUAACUGUCUUUUAUUUUCAUGUACUGGCAUUGGAGGUGCCUUUGGUGGAAAAGAAUGCACUUGCAUCUCUUUCAUUGUUAUUUCCUUGAAGGUUGUACCCAUUAUAAGUCUAGCAGUGAGUUCUUUUAAUUUUCUAUGUUACUAAAAGUUUCAAAUUAUAUCAUAUCAGAGGGCUUAGUUGACCCAUUACCAUUCUUAACAAUAUAUUCUAGCUAUUUAUAGAGAGCAGUAAUGCAUUAGUGUUUGACAAGCUUGCAUAGUUAUCUCACUAUGGGUAUGCCAUAUUGCCAUAUGAAUGUAUUAUUGAAACAUCUUCUGAUACAAGAAGCAAACUUUCUUUUUCGUUAAAAUAAGAACCUCUAGGGUACAAGGUUUGGCUUGUGGCUGCAAUGAAGAAUGGUUGUCUUCGAGGUCAAGCUAUUGUUUUUGCUGCUAAAGCUGACAAGGGCUACUAUAUUUCAGGUUUAUUUAACUUUAUUAUGUUAAGUACGAGAGUGGAUUUUUUUCUGCUUUACUUUUAUUGUGGCAGACUACUUAAGGUUUGUUUUGUCUUGGAUUCUAACGACAUUAAGUUUUGUUUUAUGAAAUCUUGUUUAGAUUUUAAGCUUAUUUAAAAACAGGAUUAUUCGUUAGGAACUGCAUUCUGGGAAACUCAUUGGAUCUCGUAUGUUUAUUGCACAAUAAAAAUUAGAACUGGAACAAAAUCUAUGCCAGAUCUAUACCCCCUUUAACAUGAAAAAAAAGAGAUGGUAUCUUCUGUAUUGAUUUUGUUAUUAUGGAUGACUUCAUUCCUUGCCCUCCAGAUUCUAUAGCAACACAAUGGCCAAAAAGCUAGAGUUUGUCUCUCUCCUUGUUUUUUAUCUUCAUAAUAGCCUCUCCUACAUUUUUAUAAUCAGAUUCAAUAAUGUGCACCUUCAGGUUCUAAAAGACUUGCUUGUAAACCUGUAUAGCAAAGAAACACUUCCACAAAAUGGUGCCGGUGCUCACACAAACUACAGCCAGGUGCACAUUAAACAUCUCAAAGGGGAAAAAUGAAAGAAAGAAAGAACGAUGCAGUGAAAUAUGCAAAAGAAUCAUUUGACUACUUUAAGUCCUGGCACCCCAAUCAACAGCCAGGUGCUAUUUCUUUAAGUCUUGCAAUGAAAUAUGCAAAAGAAUCAUAUAACUACUUUAAGGGUACAUGCAGCAUCCACAGCCGCAACAGCAACCCCUUCUGUUCUCUCCCACCACAGAAUGUUGCUCUUCAAACUGGAGAUCAUAAAAAGUCCUGAUGGAUAAUACUCAUUGCAUAAUACUCAUUGCAGGCAGUAGUUGGUGUAGCAUGCCCUGGAACUUAGCAUUUGGAGUGUAAUUUUUAAUUUCAUAUAUGCUGUUGUACUAGGUUGUGAUCCUGAUCUUAUAUAGGUGUCAGUAGAGUUGAGAUGUUUUAGUCUUUUUAUACCAACAUAUUUGGAGUAUAUAUAUUAAGGCAUAAUUCUUUUUUGGAUUUUUCUUCUUGAAUUUUGCUCUGGCUCAGCAUGCUAUUGUAUUUAU